UCCUCCAAUGCUCUUUCAUCAUCUACGCAUUUCUUCUCUCUCAUCUUCUCGGAAAGGCGAAUAAAUAUUCCAGAAGCCAACAGAUAUCAUCCCACGCCUUCUCGGCGGUUGAAGAUCUGAAAGACCUAGCUCGCCGGUUCAAUUGACGCUGCGGCGGCGGCGCAUUCGGUUGUGUGAAUAAGACUUGGAGCGGAGGGGAUUUUUGCAAGGAUUUCCGGUGGAGUUAUACGUGUGCGCCAGUUUUUGUGAGAUUUGACCAUCGGAGGGAGGUUAAUCGGUUGAAAGGUGGAGAUUUAGGUUUUUUUUGGACCGUUGAUAUACAGUGAGCUCGUUUGUGUGAAGGUUCAAAGAAAUUUCUGUUUAUGGCCUAUGAAUUGUUCUUCCAGUUGAUCUGGGACUGUGCAGGUUCGUUAAAUCAGAAAAGCAGGCAGUGAAUUUGGUGGAUUCAUCGUGUAUGGGAUAGAGCCCACAUCUGCAAAAUAUUGCUAAGAGCGGGUAAGUGAUGAACUCCACCAAUCCAGAAAUAAGUUGGAAACCAGUGACAAAAGGGCGACGCACACAGAAGUCAGUUGCCAGAAGCUUGAAUAGUGUUGUAAAAGCAGGAAAUUCUAUAAGCCCCAAAAGAGUUGGAGAUUUCUCAGGGUCUGAUUCUGACAAGUUCGGCGAAGUGAUUAUUGGACAGGCAACCUCUGGAAAAUCAGAAAAUGUUCCUCUCAAGAAAAGAAGGCAUUUACUUCAAUCGCCAUCACCUCAUCCCUGGACAUCCUCUCUACACAAUCAAGAUUCUGCUCCCAAGAGAACACGCUCUUGUUCACCACUUUUGGAAGAUCACGUGCAACUUCAGUAUCCUAACUGUUCCUCAGUAAUUGAUUGUGCAGGGGACUUCUCGGGAAUUGAACUGCUUGCAGCGGCUGCUAGCAUGGAUGCCGACAACGAUGAUGCAGAUAAAAAGGAUAUUGUUCCAGAUGACACUACAAUCCAAAAGAACUCUGAUGCAUCAAGUUCUGCCACUCAGUCUGAACAAGGUUUAAAAAAUAACAAGCCAUCUUUGAGUAACAUUGAUGUCCUUGGAGCUAAUGUCGAGUCCCAAGCCGACAAUUCUGCUGCUGCUUCUCGUAGCUUGCUAACUGGCUGCCUAGACAAUGACACCAUGCCAAAGGUAAGCCGAGAGCAUUGGGAUUUGAAUACUCCAAUGGAUGCUUGGGGCGAACCAUGUGAUGAUUCAAUUGCUGGGGGCACUGUAAAGGAUGUCAAUGAAGGCAUGCAUGAGGAAGAGAGUGAGAACCAUUUUGCAGAUCAGUUACUAGCUAAGCCGACUGGCACUCCAGUUCAGACAUCAAGUCUAAAAGUAGUAGAAGAUAAGUCAACAGCAGUUUCAGAAGAUGGAAUUUGCAGUGUGCCUCCUCUCGAACAAAAUUUGCAUGAACCACCAAAUGUUAUCUGUCCUCAUAUUGCCGGAGAUACUUCCCAUCAAUCUUGUGAAGAGGAUCCUGAUUGUAGAAACUCAUUUCAGGCUUCUAAUUGUGCAUCUGAAAUGAAAACAUUGAAUCAGGUUACAAGCUCGGAUGUCAUUGUCGGCAGUUCUCCUUUCAGCAUGUUAGUGUCUGAAGAUAAAAACAAUGCUACUAUGCUACGGGAUGAAGAUUCUUCUUUUAACAUCAGUGAAUGUGAGAGAAGUGCAGCUCUAGACGGAAGUCAUACUGGCACUGAUGAAGUCAAUACUCAUGACACAACCGCUUCUGAAUCUGCAAUUGUUGUCCAGCCUAAAGAUAUAGAAGUUUUCAAGAGGACUUCUGAAUUACCUGGCACCUUCACUAUAGAUGCUCAACCUAUUGCAAGUACUGAUUCAAAUAAACAAAUUGAUUGGUCCCUUCUUUCGAGUUCUACAAUAGCUGAUUGCAAGCAGUACUCAGAAGUAGCUGAACAUGUUAUUGAGCAAGACAAGGAUAGUAAUCUUCCUAAAUCACAAUCGAAGAGAGCUGUGGUGGAGGAUACUAGCAAGACUUGUAGUGCUGGAACAAGAAGUAAAGGACCCACUGCUGUUGAAACUAUUGGACGUGUGCUUGAAGGCCAACACAAUUCAGAUGUUUUCGGGGGCAGCCAUGUUGACAUGGUUGAUGGAGAUGACUCGACUGGUUUCAAGGAAGGGUAUGAUUCUCCAUAUGAGGAUGGGGAGCUGAGGGGUUCUUGUUUGUACUCAUGGGAGGAAAAUGAGAUGGAAAAUGAGUCUGUUGACUAUGAAUCUGAUGGCAGGAAUGGAGCUGGUUCUGAUACUGCUGACUUCUACCAUGGGUCUGAGAUAGUUGAAGGUGGUUCUGAGGGUUCCCAUGGAACUCAGAGAAAUUUGUCCCUGAAAUUAUCUCCAGAAGAUAAAAGUAAGAGUGGACCAGUUAACCAUUCCUUGAAUGGCCAUGUUGCUAAAAAUGAGUUUGACAAUAACGAGAUAGUUGGAAAGGGAUCAAAUGCUGGGUCUGGUUCUACGGUUGAACAGUGCAUGGAAAUGACAAUGGAGUCGAAUGAUGGAAUGCGAAGAUUACAGUUGCUUGAUCACAAAGAUGCUGUAAAUGUUAGGGUGACCUGCAUUGAAGAAUAUGCAUCAAAGUCUGCCAGGGGAAAGCUUCAAUCCCGGAUUGAAGGACGGUCAUCUGCAGAUGGUACUGAUGUGAAGGAUGCUUUCUUUAUACAGCAAUCCAGAUCACGUCGUCUUGCUGAUGCAUAUCCUCGGCCGGAAAGGCAUGCGAGUCCUGAUAGAUAUCUGGGUCGAUAUAGAUCUGCUAUUCCCGGUGAUAGAGAUGGAGUUCAUCAAUGGGCAUCAUGGGGUUCGAGAAGGCGCUAUACCACAAAUUAUCAGGGAGGUGAGGGUCGUAACCACACCAGGCCAAGAAGUAAAACUGGCGAAUCUGCAAACAAGAUUGAUCGGGUGGACUACCAUGAAUCAAGGCAGACUAAUUAUUUAUCAAAAGGCUUGCAUAAGCCAUUCAUGAGGAGAUCACCAGUGGAGAGGGAUGAAUAUUUUGGUGUAGGUAGAAGAAUACCAAUGACACGGGGAGGGGGCAACUGCAGAGGCAGGGGACGUUAUUCGAUGCGUCCAAGUAGAGAUUUUGUGGAAGAGUUUGAGCCUCUGCCCGAGGAUGCAGGUCCACCUGUUCGCAUGCCACGCAGUUUCUCAAGAAGAGAACACAGUUUUUCUCCAUGUUCUGGUAGACAGACGCACAUGCCCGUCACCCGGAGGAGAUCUCGUUCAAGAUCUAGAACACGUUCACCCAGGGCAUGGCAUCCGCAAAGAGAAAGGACUUUGGGCGCUAGAAGACUCAGCAGGUCUCCUGAUUUUCGGUCUGAGGCUAGGAUGGAGAGAAUGAGGAUGCAUUUCCCGAAGUCAACGUUUCCAACUGAUUAUGGAGAGGAUUACAUAUCCCUGUCGAGAGGUCGUUUCUCUCCUCAAAGGAACUCCCGAUGGGUUGAGGAGCGUAAUUUUGCAGAUUCUAACAAUUUAAGGAGGAGAAGAUCACCUGUUAGUGUAUUCAGGCGUACUCAAAGGUUUGAUGAUGUGGGGUCUUCGGGGAGAAUGAAGUCGGAGGAGUACUUCAGACCUAUGAUGCAACCUGGGAGGUUCUCUUUUAUGGGGAAUGGUGGUCGGGAAUACAAAUUGGAUUCAAACUAUGAUGAUAGAAGGCGUGAUGAUAGUGGGGAGACGAGCCACCGAGGUGUGCACCCGGAUGAUGUGAGGCGGUUUCGGCAGAAUGCAGUUGGUGGUGAUUUUGAGGCGAAGAAGUUGAAUAACGAGGAGGCGCCUCAGAGCCAGCAGCAGGGUGAGAGGGAGGAUAAGAAGGCAGCAUUGAAGAUCUGACUUUGACAUAUUUUGUCUGUGGUAGAGAGUUUAGAUUAUGUGCAUCAUCAGCGAAGAAGAGAAAUGAGGUUUCCUCUUGAUGGCUGUUGUUAGGUAGUAGUUCCAUACCAGUUUCAACUUCUAUAGCACCCCAAGAAGCUAGUCUUUAUUUUGCUGAUUAUUUUUAUUGUUUUUUUUUUAAAUUUUGGGAAUGGCCCCGUUUGAUUUUAGAACGCAGCCCCCUUUUGUUUGAUUUUCCAUUGUACAUCCUUUGGAAGAAAAAAAAGAUGUCUGCAAUUUUCCUUUCUUUUUGCAUUUUAAUAAAAUCUACGGUUUCGUAA